AUGAACUUCCUUUUCUGGAAUUGCAGGGGCACAGGGCCCAAGGUACUCCCAGGACUCAUAAGAGAACUUAAGAAAAAAUAUAAAAUUGAGCUUUGUGCACUGUUCGAGACGAAAUCAAGUGGUGAUAAGGCAAAACAGAUCAGCAAGAAACUGGGUUUCCAACACUGUGAAAUUGUGGAUGCUGCUGGUUUUCGAGGUGGAAUUUGGAUAUCUUGGUCAAACAAUAGCUGGUCUCUCUCGGUUCUUGAAGUGAACAGUCAAUACAUUCACACGGUGGUUGAAAACAAUGGAGACAAGAUUUUCAUCACCGCCGUCUAUGCUUCUCCAAACAUCACGAUUCGACGCUCUCUCUGGAAUAAACUUCAAGCACUCAACCCAGGAAACAACUGGCCUUGGUUCAUAGGAGGAGACUUUAAUGCUACUCUGUUCUCCAACGAACGCCGAUCAAAUGCUAUAAGAACUACUUCUGUUGACAGAGACUUUAGCAAUUGGGUCGAAAGCUUACAGUUACUGGACAUGGGUUGCUCAGGCCCUUUCUACACUUGGAGGGGAAAUGGGUGUGAAAGUAGAAUUGACAGAGUUUUAUCAAAUUCCAAGGCAAAAGACGUGUAUAUUGAUGCUGUCGUUAAAAACCUCCCUUGGUAUAAAUCAGAUCAUCGUCCCAUCCUCCUUCAGCUAAGACCAGGUACACUCUCUAAAAACUUUGUCCAUCGCCCUUUUCGCUUUAACGCUCCUUGGGUGCUUCAUGAUGAUUUCAGCAGGCUAGUUAAAGAGAAAUGGGACGUCAACGAGAACUGGGAGUUAAACAUUGAAAAGUUUACUAAAGACCUCCUUGAAUGGAGCAAAACAACUUACGGUCACUUAGGCAGGAGAAAAAGCUUGUUAAUGGGAAGACUAGAGGGCAUCUCACGUAGCAUACUUUCGUCCGGGGAAUCCUCUGCCUUAGAUCAACUACAGCGUAAACUCUGGCUUGAACUAGAGGAAAUUAUUCUCCAAGAAGACUUGCUCUGGGCUCAGAAAGCUAAAAGUCAAUGGUAUGCUCUUGGGGAUAAAAACACAAAAUACUUCCACUCAAGAGCUAAUGGACGAAGGCGCCGUAACAAGAUUGAAGCAAUCCAACAAGAGAACGGGGAAUGGAAUGAUAAUCCAACUUUAAUUAAAAGAAUAGCGACAGAUUUCUUUGUCAACUUAUUCCAUGAGGAAGGUGGGGAAGGAGAUAUUCGAAGCAACCAUACUACCUUUCCUGAGAUUGAUGCUCUACAGAUGGAGAGGUUACAGAAAGAAGUUAGGGAAGAGGAAGUUAAAGAAGCCAUUUUCAGCAUGGGGGCACUCAAAUUGCCGGGCCCUGAUGGUUUGAACGCCCUCUUCUUCCAAAAAGCAAUGGGAAUCUGUGGGCACCUCGGUGAUAAAUUUAGUGAAGCAAGCUUUUAUCAACCCAACAACCAUUGGGGCCAUUAA